UCUCAGCGCACUCCGAUCUUGAUCUUUAACCUCAGCCGACCCAGACUCAAGAUGCCCUUCAAGCCACACUAUCUGUUGGUCGUCCUGACCGUAUACUGCUUUGCUGCUCUUCAUGCGUUGCCAAUGGGUGGCUUCGCUCCACGUCUGACGUGUCGCUGCAUCCGGACGUCCUCUGCCUUCAUCUCUCCUGCGCGGUUUCACAGACUGGAGAUCUUACCUCCAGGAGCCCACUGUCGUCACAUUGAGAUCAUCGUUACCAAGAAGGACAAUACCAUCGUGUGUGUGAAUCCAAAGGCAAGAUGGAUAAAAAAAGUCAUUGCCCAGUUACAAAGUAACAAGAGAAGUGCAGGUGUCCCCAUCUCAACCACUACGGACAGCAUCAACACGAAACUGGAACAGCGACAGUAAAUUAUAAAACAUCAUCACAUCAUUCAAUCUGGAGCAAAAUGGAAUGUGCACAACACCAGUGUAUGUAAUACCAAUGCAUUCAAUUGUAAUAGCAAAUUAUUUUGUUUCUCUCAAAUGAUCUCUGUAUGUAUUGAGUUAUUAUUUAAUGUAUUCUUCAUGUAAUGACUCUAACCCAGAAAAAUAAUCUGUACAAGACAACUUUUUUUUUUUUUAUAAGGUUUUUAUUGCCUAAUUGCUGAUGCGCGUGUAUAUUUUCUUUUUAUGUGAACAUUAUUACCCCAAUAAAAUCCACAAAACGAAACACUUUUCAGAGUAAUACAAAGUUAGCACCUCCACCUCUGAUUGGUUGACAGAUUCCACUCCCAGCAGGAGGUGGGACUUGGGUUGGUUGUAUUUCACUCAACUUAAACCCUUUUGCUCUUUGGGAAGCAAAGGUCAUUCUCAAACUUCCUGGUCAUAUUUUAGGCUUCCUUGCUUGCCUAAACACUACAGGGUCUACUUCCUCGUCCUUGAUCACAUGGUUAGUAUGAACGUAUUGACCCGACCACAUAGACCACAAUCCCUCUGUCCCAUACUCGUGUCAAAUAUGUUUUAUGAUUAUUGGUAAAGCUUGUAGGUACAGUCAUGGUCAAAAGUUUUGAGAAUGACACAAGUAUUGGUCUUCACAAAAGUUUGCUGCUUCAGUGUUA